GAACCUUUGUGAACGCGGGUAGCGGGGAAAGGAAGCUAGCGAAUGAAUCACUUGUAGCCAGCCAGUCUCUUUCACAAUAAACAGUAGGACUAUAGCAGCGUAUUUUCUGUAAGAAAGUUUUUGAAAACCAUAUCUGCCAUUUAAAGGCGGACAAAGUCAUCGAAUAAACAGACGAUCGGUUUAAAUCGAGGAAGAAAUUCGGUUAAAAUGUCCGAGACUGGAAACGGCGUGGAGCUGCGGGAAGAACAAGCAGCUGAACUUGAAGAAACUGGAGGAGUGGAGGAAAAGGAUGAUGCAUCAGAGGCCAGCAAGGAGGAGUCUUCUGAAGCCGGACAGGAUGCCCAAGAUGAGGACCCCUCUUCAUCCAUAGCGCCAGCCUAUGAGGAGAAAGUGGCAUCAGACCGGACCAACAGAUUUGAGUACCUACUGAAGCAGACAGAGGUGUUUGCCCAUUUCAUCCAACCUGCGGCCCAGAAGACUCCCACCUCCCCGCUGAAGAUGAAGCCUGGACGCCCUCGUGUCAAGAAGGACGAGAAACAGAAUCUCCUCUCGGUCGGAGAUAACCGUCAUCGUCGCACAGAGCAGGAAGAGGAUGAAGAGCUGCUGAGCGAAAGCAGCAAGACCACCAACAUCUGCACCCGCUUUGACGAAUCCCCCUCCUUUGUAAAGGGGGGUACAAUGAGAGACUACCAGGUCCGUGGUCUGAACUGGCUCAUCUCUCUGUACGAGAACGGAAUCAACGGGAUCCUUGCUGAUGAAAUGGGGUUGGGUAAGACCCUGCAGACCAUCUCUCUGCUGGGGUACAUGAAGCACUACAGGAGUAUCCCCGGACCCCACAUGGUGCUGGUGCCCAAGUCCACCCUGUACAACUGGAUGAACGAGUUCAAACGCUGGGUGCCCUCCCUCAAAGCAGUCUGCCUCAUCGGAGGCCGAGAGGAGAGGAAUGCCCUGAUCAGAGAUGUGCUGCUGCCAGGGGAGUGGGAUGUGUGUGUCACCUCUUACGAGAUGCUCAUCAUAGAGAAGGCCGUGUUCAAGAAGUUCAACUGGAGGUACCUGGUCAUCGACGAGGCCCACAGGAUCAAGAACGAGAAGUCAAAGCUGUCUGAGAUAGUGCGUGAGUUCAAGACCACCAACCGCCUGCUGCUGACCGGCACCCCGCUGCAGAACAACCUCCACGAGCUCUGGGCCCUGCUCAACUUCCUGCUGCCAGACGUCUUCAACUCCUCAGAGGACUUUGACUCAUGGUUUGACACCAACAACUGCCUGGGGGAUCAGAAGCUGGUGGAACGUCUUCACACUGUACUGCGUCCUUUCCUGCUGCGUCGUAUCAAAAAUGAGGUGGAGAAGUCUCUGCUGCCUAAGAAAGAGAUCAAGAUGUACGUGGGGCUGAGUAAGAUGCAGAGAGAAUGGUACACCAAGAUCCUGAUGAAGGACAUAGACAUCUUGAACUCUGCGGGGAAGAUGGACAAGAUGCGUCUGCUCAACGUCUUGAUGCAGCUGAGGAAGUGCUGCAACCACCCGUACCUGUUUGACGGGGCCGAGCCCGGCCCGCCCUACACCACCGACCUGCAUCUGGCCGUCAACAGCGGCAAGAUGGCCGUCCUUGACAAGCUGCUGCCCAAGAUGAAGGCUCAGGGCUCCCGUGUGCUGAUCUUCAGCCAGAUGACCAGGAUGCUGGACAUCUUGGAGGACUACUGCAUGUGGCGCAACUUCGGCUACUGUCGCCUGGACGGACAGACGCCCCACGAGGAGAGACAGAUCUCCAUCAAUGCGUACAAUGAGGAGGACAGCCCUAAGUUCAUCUUCAUGCUGAGCACCAGGGCCGGAGGGCUGGGUAUUAACCUGGCCACGGCUGACGUGGUCAUCCUCUACGACUCAGACUGGAACCCUCAGGUCGACCUGCAGGCCAUGGACCGAGCUCACAGGAUUGGUCAGAAGAAGCAGGUGCGCGUGUUCCGUUUCAUCACGGAAAACACGGUGGAGGAGAGGAUCGUGGAGCGGGCCGAGAUGAAGCUCCAACUGGACUCUAUCGUCAUCCAGCAAGGAAGGCUAGUGGAUCCCAACGCCAACAAGCUGGGGAAGGACGAGAUGCUGUCCAUCAUCCGGCACGGCGCCACGCACGUCUUCGCCUCCAAGGAGAGCGACAUUACCGACGAUGACAUCGAUGAGAUCCUGGAGCGAGGCGAGAAGAAGACCAUGGAGUUGAAGGAGAAGAUGAACACCAUGGGCGAGAGCUCCCUGAGGAACUUUACCAUGGAGUCCGACAACAGUGUGUACACCUUCGAAGGAGAGGACUACAGGGAGAAGAAGAAGGUGGUCACCAACUGGAUCGAGCCGCCCAAGAGAGAGCGGAAGGCCAACUACGCCGUGGAUGCCUACUUCAGAGAGGCUCUGCGUGUCAGUGAGCCCAAAGCACCCAAGGCUCCUCGUCCACCUAAGCAGCCCAAUGUGCAGGACUUCCAGUUCUUCCCCCCAAGGCUGUUUGAACUGCUGGAGAAAGAGAUCCUAUUCUACAGGAAGACUAUCGGCUACAAGGUUCCUCGUAACCCAGAACUGCCCAACUCGGCCCAGCACCAGAAGGAGGAGCAGGCCAAGAUUGACGAGGCCGAGGGCCUAUCAGAGGAGGAGCUGGAGGAGAAGGAGAACCUCCUCUCGCAGGGCUUCACCAUUUGGAACAAGCGUGACUUUAACCAGUUCAUCAAAGCCAAUGAGAAGUGGGGAAGAGACGACAUCGAGAACAUCGCCAGAGAGGUGGAGGGCAAAACCCCAGAGGAAGUCAUGGAAUAUUCCGCUGUGUUCUGGGAGCGCUGCAACGAGCUGCAGGACAUAGAGAAGAUCAUGGCUCAGAUCGAGAGAGGAGAGGCCCGCAUCCAGAGGAGGAUCAGCAUCAAGAAAGCACUGGACACAAAGAUUGGUCGCUACAAGGCUCCGUUCCACCAGUUGAGGAUCUCGUACGGCACCAACAAGGGAAAGAACUACACGGAGGAGGAAGACCGCUUCCUCAUUUGCAUGCUGCACAAGCUGGGCUUCGAAAAGGAGUCGGUCUACGACGAGCUGCGCCAGUGCAUCCGCAACUCGCCCCAGUUCCGCUUCGACUGGUUCCUCAAGUCCAGGACCGCCAUGGAGCUCCAGAGGCGAUGCAACACCCUGAUCACCCUGAUUGAACGAGAGAACAUGGAGCUGGAGGAGAGAGAGAAAGCAGAGAAGAAGAAGAAGGGACCACGGAGUCAGUCUUCUGCUCAGAAGCGUAAGGGAGAAGGGACCCCAGACCAGCGAGGAGGCCGCAGGAAAAAGCUAAAGCUGUGAGGGGGUGAAAGGCAAAUUGAGGGCAGCGGCAGGCAGCAGUAUAGUAGUCGUAGCGUCUGUUUGUUUUUUACGGGUUACCAUGGUGAUACAUGAUGAUGAUUUACUGUAUAAAACCCCAGAGGACUGAACUUUUCUUCACUAUAGCGUGUCGUUCUAUCUAGAAGGUUCUCUAGAUAGAGCUCGUUAUAUUGGCAGGUCUGCCUAGUAGGGACUAACUGACACUGCAGCUGUGCUGAUUUAGUUCAAUGUUUGUUUUGUUUUAGUUUUCUACCCUUUUUUUACUAGUACUUGAGGUGAGGAGAAAUGUAUUUAUGCCUGUUGGUUGUGUUCUAUCACAUUCCAUUGCUUGUAACGAUACCUGUAUGUAUCCCCCCUCCCACUUUUUUUAUUUUAAGGAACCACUGUUAUGUUACCGAUCUACAUUGUAGAAAAUGUAUUUUUGGAACAUGUCACUAAUAAAUUACCCCUUUUUUAAAUAAGUAUUUUUUCUUUUGCAUACGAGGAGACUGUUUUUAUGUUGAAUAUUUGUGCAAAGCUUUUCACACAGCAGUGGAGAUGCAUGUUCACAGGCAGUCGGAGUGAAAACUAGGACCAAAAUAAUUCAGAAAAGUACAUUUGUAUUUGGCAGUUAAAGUUGGAGUACAUCAAACAAUUGAUUGAAAUUAUCACAAAAUUGAUAAGUCACCAAUUUGAUCUAAAUUGGUCGGUGACAAAUUUCUAUACCUGAACUAAUUGGCACCUAUUAACUUAUACUGUCACUUGCAUAAGAUCAAGAUAGUCACAUUCUUCAGUUGAUAAAUGCUUACUUGAUAAACAGCAUCAAAUGUGGGGUUUGCAUAUUUUUCAAGUUUCACCAGGGUGUAGUAAUGAAUACAUUUUGUUUGCAUUGUCUUGUGUUGAAUUUGAACAUCCUAUACAUGCAGGUAUGUACACAGACGUAUAAGAGUAAUAAUAUGAACAUACGUAUGAUUUUUAAACUGCACCUGAAACAAAAAUGUAUAAAAACAUUCUGAAUGAAUAGUUUACGCACUCGAAUGACUAAAAUGGACAACAUAACAAUCCCUUUGAAUAGCGCCAUGUCUGUGUUCUGCUACAGUGGGUACACCUAACUACUGAGGGCUUUGUAAAGCACAGCAGUGCAUCAAUCAAUAUUACAAAAAUACAUGAAUUUACCACAUUUGAUACAGCCAGCCUCGACCGGACCGACACAACCCAACAUUCGACCCAAUUGGCUCUCUAUCUCACACAAAAAAGUUAUAAUAUAUAAAUUGACAGAUAGAAUGACCGACAACAAAAUAACGUGGUAGAAUAGUUCUCUUAAGAAAAACAG